GAAAUGGGACAUCUGGUUCUACUCCAUCAAGGUCCUCGGCCCACCCAUCAACACCACUAUCUGAUUAUUCAACAAACACCAACAAGUCACAACACCUCUAGUCCACCAUGGCCCCUUCUCUUCACCCAUUGAUCGACAACGGUCUCACCAAGGGGGACCCCAACUUCGCCGGUGGAAAGCUUCGUUGCCAUUGCAAGAGCAACCCCGUCGAAGUCACACUCGGAGGCAACGUUGCCCACAACCACGCUUGCGGAUGCUCAAAGUGCUGGAAGCCCGCUGGCGCCCUCUUUUCCGUUGUCGGUGUUAUUUCAAGAGACCAAGUCAAGGUCACUGCGAACGAGAGCAAGCUCCACGUUGUCGACGACUCGGCGGUCAUUCUCCGAAACGCCUGCAAGGAGUGUGGGGUUCAUCUGUACGGACGUAUCGAAAAGGCACAUCCCUUUAAGGGUCUGGAUUUUGUGCACGCGGAGCUCUCGGAUCAGAAGGGAUGGCAGGAACCCCAGUUUGCCGCCUUUGUUUCUUCCAUUAUUGAGCAAGGCUUCCAUCCUAGCGGCAUUGAUGAGGUUCGCAGCAAAUUUAAGUCUGUUGGGCUGGAGACAUACGACGCCUUGUCGCCUGCAUUGAUGGACCUUAUCGCGACUUGGACUGGACAGCAGUCCGGCCGUCUUCCGACCAAGCUUUAAAGAUCACCCAAAAUCAUAUAGCUGUUCUUGAUAUCCUCGAUUAUUCAGAUAUGGGCACUCGGACUGCACAAAAGCCACAAAGGCAUGGAUUGGUUAUCAUGGUAAAAUCAGAAAUGUAAAAUCACAUAGCUAUUCGUAUCAUACAGACUGUAGGUAGCAAAGUGUAUCAGCUGCUUUCACGCGCCAUGCUUCGUGGCCAACUGUCACGGUCUAUGAUGUGAAUACCACCAACAGCAAGAAACACUAUUUUCUACCUUUGCCUAUGGUUCUCAUGAAUUAACGGGGAAGGGAACACUAACUGUCGAUCAUCGCAAAAAUGACGCCUUUAAAUGCGGGUAGUAAACAACGCCAUGUAUAAGUACCCUACGAGAUCGAUGUUCACACUUGAACAACUUUUGUCAAUUUCCUCGGUGCUCCACUUUGUAAU